AUGAGAAAUCACCAAUUUGAUAUCUCCUUCGCCCGACUCCAGCCAGUUCACUACCUCAUCUAUCAUUACCUCAGGACGGACUACCCUCACGCCUUAUUAACAGUCACCAAAAAGCUCUAUCAAGAGCUUGUUCCGAUCGUCUAUCGUCGUAUCAAGCUUAGACCAGAUGGUUUAUAUAGCCUAUUUCGCUACUUGGUAGUGAAAAAUAAAGACAGUCAGUCUUUCGGGACAGUUGAAACGAUAUUGAAUGCAAGAGUGGUCAAAGCGUUGAACUAUACGAGUCAUCUAGAGAUAUCUGAUAUAAAACAGUGCGAAGAAUUGGAAGAGGGAAUGGAGAAUUGGAUGGUCCACUCAGACGAAUUGAUCUUUCCAGAUCUCAAACAUCUAUCGUUAGGCGAGAAUGUCAUUAUCGAUUCGUUAUCUCCCACAGAUGAAGGAGGCAUAUACACCCUUCAACCGAAAUUCAACAUUAUCACCUCCAUACUCAAAUUAUCUUCUCCGACAAAAUUAUGUAUAGAUUGGCCUGAAACAUAUGGUAAAGAGCGAUCGAGUGAUACGGACGAAGGAGGGAGUCUGAUAGAUUGGUUUGUACCGGAAUUAUUCCAUAAUCUCGAUGAAGAUACAUGCAGUAUUAAGGAGAUAAGAAUACAUGUGAGAUAUAAUAACAUUGGACAUAUGAUAUCCAGGAUGAUGGGAUAUGGGCCUAAAUGGCGACCAAAGAUCAAGUUAAAUAUGGUCAAUCCACCUGAAAUCCUAUUGGAGGGGAUUCUGAAUAAUGUAUUUUGGAGUGUGGUCAAUGCGAUGAAUGCUUUGAUAGAAGAAGAUAUACAUUUCGAUUCGACAAUGAUUGGAGAACCCUUUUCCUUCAACUUGGUAGAUAAUGGGAAGAUUUCAGACGCGAUAGAUACCGUUGCUGAAGAUGUGUGGGAUGAUUAUGAGAAUUUGUAUGAUACCGUCAAAGAUGCUAUCACAUGGAAGAAGCAGGAUAACGAAGAUGACUGGAAGUCUUGA